UCUCCGCCCGGCGCCACCCGGGUCCCCGCGCGGGAAGCGGCUCAACCGGGAAGGCAGCCGGCGCCCGCGGUCUCCCGGCCGGACGCCCGCGUUCUUCCGGCCAGCCCCCCGCCGGGGGGGAGGGGCGCCGACGCCGCGUUCUCGGGGCCCCGCAGCCGGCGGAAGGGCCGCGCAUCGCGGAAGCUCGGCGGCAGCUGAAGAUCAGCUGCUGGAGGAGGCGGAGAGGGAGAGGGAGGAGCCUCGGGGGGAAGGAGAGGGAGGGGACCGUCAGGAAGCCGCGAACGCCGCCGAGUGUCUGCACACCUCGCUCUGCCUGCCAUGGCUGGUUAAAGAACCAUCCGGAUCGCAGCGCGGGGGGAGGGCCGGGUGGGGGGAGCGGCGGCCGCGCGUGAGGCCGAGGGAGGGGCGGCGGCGCGAGCGGCGGCGGCGGCGGCGGUUCCAGCAUGAAGAGGAGAGCUGGCCUGGGGGGCAGCAUGAGGUCAGUGGUGGGCUUCUUGUCCCAGCGGGGCUUGCAUGGGGACCCCCUGCUCACUCAGGACUUUCAGAGGAGACGCCUGCGGGGCUGCAGAAACCUCUACAAGAAGGACCUCCUCGGCCACUUCGGCUGUGUCAAUGCCAUUGAAUUCUCCAACAAUGGAGGCCAGUGGCUGGUCUCAGGAGGAGACGACCGCCGGGUUCUGCUGUGGCACAUGGAGCAAGCCAUCCACUCCAGGGUCAAGCCCAUACAGUUGAAAGGAGAGCACCAUUCCAACAUUUUUUGUCUGGCUUUCAACAGUGGGAACACUAAAGUGUUCUCUGGAGGAAAUGAUGAGCAAGUUAUCCUCCAUGAUGUUGAAAGCAGUGAGACACUGGACGUGUUUGCUCAUGAAGAUGCAGUAUAUGGCUUGUCUGUGAGCCCAGUGAAUGACAACAUUUUUGCCAGUUCCUCAGAUGAUGGCCGGGUUCUCAUUUGGGACAUCCGGGAAUCUCCCCAUGGAGAGCCCUUCUGCCUGGCAAACUAUCCAUCAGCUUUUCACAGUGUCAUGUUUAACCCUGUGGAGCCCAGGUUGUUGGCCACAGCCAAUUCAAAGGAAGGAGUGGGACUCUGGGACAUUCGAAAACCUCAGAGUUCUCUCCUGCGCUAUGGUGGAAACCUGUCCCUACAAAGUGCCAUGAGUGUACGAUUCAACAGCAAUGGGACCCAGCUCCUGGCCCUGAGGCGGCGCCUGCCCCCUGUGCUCUAUGACAUCCACUCACGCCUGCCUGUGUUUCAGUUUGACAAUCAGGGUUACUUCAACUCGUGCACUAUGAAAAGCUGCUGUUUUGCAGGAGAUCGUGACCAGUAUAUCCUUUCAGGCUCUGAUGACUUCAACCUGUACAUGUGGAGAAUUCCUGCAGAUCCAGAAGCAGGUGGCAUUGGUAGGGUGGUCAACGGAGCCUUCAUGGUGCUGAAAGGGCAUCGAUCUAUUGUUAACCAGGUCCGUUUUAAUCCUCAUACCUACAUGAUCUGCUCUUCUGGUGUAGAAAAGAUUAUCAAGAUCUGGAGCCCAUACAAGCAGCCAGGAUGUACUGGAGACCUUGAUGGUCGGAUUGAGGAUGAUUCCCGCUGCCUCUAUACCCAUGAAGAGUACAUCAGCCUCGUGCUGAACAGUGGGAGUGGCCUGUCGCAUGAUUAUGCCAACCAGUCGGUCCAGGAGGACCCUCGGAUGAUGGCCUUCUUUGACUCCCUGGUACGUCGAGAGAUUGAGGGCUGGAGCUCUGACUCAGACAGUGACCUCAGUGAGAGUACUAUCCUCCAACUGCAUGCAGGGGUCAGCGAGCGCUCAGGCUACACUGACUCAGAGUCCUCGGCCUCACUGCCUCGCUCCCCGCCUCCCACAGUAGAUGAGUCUGCCGACAGCGCCUUCCACCUGGGGCCCCUGCGGGUCACCACCACAAACGUAGUGGCCUCAACUCCACCAACACCCACGUGUGAGGACGCAGCCUCUCGCCAGCAGCGUCUGUCUGCUCUGCGGCGCUAUCAAGACAAACGCCUCCUGGCCCUUUCCAAUGAGUCCGAUUCUGAGGAGAAUGUCUGCGAGGUAGAACUAGACACAGAUCUCUUUCCCCGGCCACGGUCGCCCAGCCCUGAAGAUGAAUCCAGCAGUUCCAGCAGCUCUAGCAGCUCCGAGGAUGAGGAGGAGCUGAAUGAACGCCGAGCCUGUACCUGGCAGCGGAAUGCCAUGCGGCGCCGACAGAAGACAACCCGAGAAGAGAGGCCCAGCGCCCCAAUCAAGCCCACCAGCACCUACAUCGGAGAAGACAACUAUGAUUACCCCCAGAUCAAAGUGGAUGACCUUUCCUCCUCCCCCACCUCCUCCCCUGAGCGGAGCACUUCCACUCUAGAGAUUCAGCCAAGCCGGGCAUCACCAACUUCUGACAUAGAAUCAGUUGAGCGAAAAAUUUAUAAAGCUUACAAGUGGCUCCGCUACUCUUAUAUAUCCUACUCAAAUAAUAAAGAUGGAGAGACCUCCCUGGUGACCAGCGAGGCAGAUGAAGGGAGAGCAGGAACCAGCCACAAAGACAACCCAGCCCCUUCUUCCAGUAAGGAAGCCUGUCUAAACAUAGCAGCGGCCCAGAGGAACCAGGACCUGCCCCCUGAAGGCUGCAGCACGGACGCUUUUAAAGAAGAGACUCCUAGAAAUCCCAGCAAUGGCCCAGGCCAUGAGCACAGCAGCCACACUUGGGCAGAGGUGCCAGAGGGUACCUCUCAGGACACUGGCAAUAGCGGCUCUGUAGAGCACCCUUUUGAAACCAAGAAGCUCAAUGGAAAGGCCCUGAGCAGUCGGGCUGAGGAGCCGCCUUCUCCUCCUGUCCCCAAGGCAUCUGGCUCUACUCUCAACAGCGGGUCUGGCAGCUGUCCCAGGACCCAGUCUGAUGACAGUGAGGAGAGGAGCCUCGAAACCAUCUGUGCCAACCACAACAAUGGACGCUUACACCCUCGUCCCUCUCACCCCCACAAUAACGGGCAGAACUUGGGGGAGCUGGAGGCGGUGGCCUACUCUUCCCCUGGACACUCAGACACUGACCGUGAUAACUCGUCCCUGACAGGGACACUCCUACACAAAGAUUGUUGCGGGUCUGAAAUGGCCUGUGAGACCCCCAGUACUGGAACAAGAGAGGACCCCACUGACACCCCAGCCACAGAUAGCAGCAGGGCUGUUCAUGGCCACAGUGGCCUCAAAAGGCACCGAAUUGAAUUGGAAGAUACAGAUUCAGAGAAUUCCUCCUCAGAGAAGAAAUUAAAAACAUGAUAAAUACAAAGGGAAAACAAAAAGCUACAAAAGUAGCCUUAC